AUGACGCUUUACAUUCGCCGCGAAGCUUCUAAGCUAUGGAAGAGAGUUUGUUCGGAAAUAACUACGGAGAUUGGUCUUGUCGUCGAGAACUGGAAGUACCUUCUUGCUGGUCUUCUCUGUCAGUAUAUUCAUGGUUUAGCUGCUAGGGGAGUUCAUUAUAUUCACCGUCCGGGACCGACGCUACAAGAUCUUGGUUUUUUUGUUCUUCCGGAGCUUGGUAGAGAGAAAAGCUACAUAAGUGAAACUGUGUUCACUUGUGUAUUUGUUUCGUUUUUCCUGUGGACUUUCCAUCCAUUUAUCCUGAAAAGCAAGAGGAUAUACACUGUGUUGAUAUGGUGCAGAGUUCUCGCCUUCUUAGUUGCUUGUCAGUUUCUCCGUGUAAUUACAUUCUAUUCGACUCAGCUUCCUGGUCCUAACUAUCACUGUCGAGAGGGCUCUGAGCUCGCCAGGUUGCCACGGCCACAUGGUGUUAUUGAGGUGCUCUUGAUUAACUUUCCUCGUGGGGUGAUAUACGGAUGUGGAGAUUUGAUUUUCUCAUCGCAUAUGAUAUUCACUCUAGUCUUUGUCCUCACUUACCAGAAAUACGGUUCUAAAAGGUUUAUAAAGCUGUUAGGUUGGGUCGUAGCUAUCUUGCAAAGCCUCUUGAUUGUCGCGUCACGUAAACAUUACACAGUCGACGUUGUUGUGGCGUGGUAUACUGUGAACUUGGUUGUGUUCUUCAUCGACAAGAAAUUACCAGAAUUGCCUGAUCGGACAACAACGGUGUUACUUCCCGUGAGCUCGAAAGACAGAAGCAGAGAAGAGAAUCACAAACUCUUGAACGGGAACGGUGUUGAUCCUGCAGAUUGGAGACCGAGGGCUCAAAUGAAUGGUAAGAUUUACGAAGACAGCAAGGGAAGUCACACAGAUAAUGCUACAAACGCUCAUGAGAACUCAGCUUGA